UACCACUUGUGCGUUCUUGUUGUACGCGGAUCUCUCUUAGGUGAGUUUGCCGCGUGUUUAGAUGGUUACUUACGCGUGUUUCAGUGGGAGGUGCCGCUCCUGUGAACGCCUUACCGGCAUGAAUAUACUUGCUGCAUAUUUUCUAUUGUCAAUUGGCACCGUGGUCUAUGUCGUUUUCGGUGGAUUGCGUGCUACUUUUAUGUACACAUACCAUCAUUCUAUUUGCCAUCAUUUACACCUUCAAAGCUUCAUCUUCCACACAUACGGGACAUCGCCGGAGAUUGCCAGCUUGGCUCGAAUGUGUGCUCACACAAGUAAUUGACGUGCCUGUCCCCGGCAAUGCAAAUGGAAGUUAUAUGACCAUGAAGUCAAACCAGGAUAGUCUUCGGAGCGGGAUUCGCCGGCGUGUUUUGUGAUCAGGAUGUUAUAGAUUUAAAUCAUUCACCUCGUGUCUUCUGGCAUGGCGCGCAGGCUACUGGCAAAGGGCAAUCGCAAGUCACCCUCAAAGGAAUAACUAAAGCUUAUGUAUUUACAUCCCUUCAUGCGCCGGAUGAUGCAAC